AUGAUUCCUCACAGAACGACCGGUCUGUUGGCGGUCAUAGUCUUCGUCGCGCUUCUCCUUUUCAUAUUUUCGGCAUCUCCCAUCCCGUCCCCGACAAUUGAGAGUCAGACGGAGGACGGAGCUGAUCACAGCGCAAAGCUUCACGUUCCCGUCCCGAUCCCCAAACUCCCGUCGUGGGGCGAUUUUCAUCUUCCAACUUUCCGCGCGCCAUCCCACGAGCCUCCAGCGGAACAGACAAAUAGUACAAGUGGCGAGUCAAAAUGGUUUAGCACCUGGGAAUGGAAAGGUCCAUUCUCCUCGACCAUCACCUUGGACGAGAAUCGCUCUGUCCUUCCGCCAUUGCGCGAACGCCGACGGGUGUACACGUACUAUAAUCCUCAAUACAACCCGAAGAAGUACACUGGCAAGGAGCUCAAGGACAGUCGGAAGGCCGAUGAGAAGCUCCUGCUCGCAUGGCGACGGGCCUGGUUCGCCCAAGGAUUCCGACCCAUCAUUCUCACCCCAGGUGAUGCUAUGAAAAGCCCCUACGGUGAAAUUGUACAAAAAUUGAAAUUGAACCCCGAGAUGGAGAAUGAAGUGUUUCGAUGGCUAGCGUGGGGUCAUAUGGGCACCGGUAUUCUUGCAGACUUCGAGUGCUUCCCUAUGGCGCGCUACGAUGACAACCUUUUGACGGCCUUGCGACGAGGAAUGGCGCCUGAGUUCAUUACGCGGUUUGAUAACUUCCAAGGGGGACUCUACUCUGGAGAGAAACAGCAAAUCAACCGGGCAAUCGAAAGCGCCGUCAAGAAGCUGGAGGACAAUUCCCUCUCGUUCACAGAUUCGAUUGACCCAGCGUUGUUCCGAGUGGAGCAGCCAACUGCACUGGCAUAUUACAAGUCGUCGAGUAUUACUUCUCUCUAUCCAGCGAUUCACGAAAAAAUCAGUCAGAAUCCGGCAUCCGGUCGACUACAACUAGUGGAACUUAUCAACGCUCAUUUGCACAGUACUUUCCAAAGCUCCUUCCCCGCUGGUCUGGCUGUGCUGAAGCCGUUCCGGGAGCACACGACUGCGCUCGUGGAGCCGGCCCUGCGCCUGGCUAAAGCUCUUAUCCAGUGUCCACAGUCACCUAUACCAAAAUCCUGUCCACCCAACAUACCUGAUUGUCGCCCUUGCGCUUCGGGCAAAACACCAAUGCGGAUUAGCCAGCCAUCGGGGUUCAAAAACACCACUUUCCUGUUCACUAUUGGCACUCUCCCUCACCCAUACACCCUGAUCAGUCUUCAAAAAAACUCCGAUGCGGUGACCACUCGUCAGGUCCGUCGGGAGACUGAGCGUGACGUCUGGGUGACUGAGGUCACGAAGGAACAUCUUGGACAGGAACUUGGUGCCUCGUCCCGUGCGGCAGUCUUCAAGCAAGUUGUUGCGGGGGAUCAAGCCGUCGCAAACUCGCUGUGGAUGACCGUGGAAUCCCUUCCCGCGGAGGCGGGUCAGAGUCUGCCCGCCGAGCUUCUGGAUGAGUUCGAGUGGCAAUUCGGGUUCCAAAUUCCCCGCGGCAACGCUAUUGAGCCCAACACACCCAACGAUAAGGAGAGUGUACAGAACAAUAAUCCUAGCCAGCAAGGCGUGGAUAAGGAAUAUGAACUGAUCAAGAAGGCACGCGAGGUCAUCAGGAGCAAAGACGCCAAUCAGAAAAAAAUCAAGGAUGUCGCCGAGGCCUGGAAUCUGGCAGACACCGAGGUGUGGCGAUUUGUGAAAGCGUAUCAUGCCCGUGCUGUUGUUGAGCGGAAGCAGUGGGAGCAGGAAGAGAAGGCGUUCUCCGGUUCUUCAUCAUGA